CAUCGAUAAGAUUUUUGAAGCUAUGGUGGGGUGAUUUCUUUAUGUCUUUGUUAUAAAAUACCUUGUUUCUCGCCUCUUAUGUUCAUCAUAUCAUUUCUUUCCUCUGUCUAAUGGGCGACAUAUCUCUCUUACUACCUUCAGUCUGAAAUUCAUUGCAUAUUUUACAGCUCUCGAUAGUAUCAUGUCUCUCCCAAUUCAAAUCAAGCAAUGGGUGUCCCACCAAGAUGGAGUGGAAAACCUCUCCUCUACUACGGCACCGAUGCCAGUCCCAGGACCUUCUGAAGUGCUAGUCAAGAUCUCUGCAGUUGCUCUCAAUUAUCGUGACACUGAAGUCGUCAUGGGUCUUUACAACCACCACAAAUCGACCGGCUCCCAGUCUCCCAAAAUCGUGCCCUGUUCCGACAUGUGUGGCAGAAUAGUCGCUUCCAAUUUGCCCAAAUGGACCGUGGGAGACAAAGUGCUCAGUAUUUUCAACCAGACUCAUAUCAAGGGCCGGGUCAAGGCUGCGGAUAUGAAAAGUGGGCUGGGAUUGCCCCUUCCAGGAGUUUUGUCCGAGUAUAGAGCUUUCGAUGCGGAGGGACUGGUCAGGAAACCGGAGUAUUUGAGUGACGAAGAAGCGGCCACCCUACCAAUUGCGGCAAUGACGGCGUGGAUGGCUGUCAAUGGCAUGAGACCCCUUGGGCAGCCUGGUGGAAGGGGAGAGAAAGUCUUGAUUCAAGGAACUGGAGGAGUGGCCAUUAGUGGUCUACAGAUUGCCAAGGCUAGUGGUUCCGAAGUUAUCAUUACCUCCUCAUCAGACGCGAAGCUCGAAGUAGCGAAGAAGUUGGGAGCUGACAAAACAAUCAAUUAUAAAACAAAUCCAGAAUGGAAGCAAGAAGUGCUCAAAAUGACCGACGACGAGGGGGUGGACAUCAUAUUCGAAAAUGGUGGUGCAGAAACAUUACGGAAAUCGUUCGAAUGCAUAGCAUUUGGUGGAUUGAUAAACUGUAUCGGAUACCUGUCUGGAAAGGGAGACGCGGCUGGAGACAGGACGAAUACGAAUGUAUUGGCAUUGAGGAGAAAUGUUACGCUAAAGGGUUUGUUGAAUGGACCGAGGGAGAGAUUCGAGGAAAUGCUAGCGUUCUACGAAGAGAAGAAGAUCAAGCCCGUAGUGGAUAAGGUUUUUCAAUUUGCAGAAGCUAAAGAGGCUCUGAUCUACCUUUUUGCAGGUGGUCAUUUUGGUAAGGUGGUUGUCAGAGUUGAAUAGAUUAAGUAUGAAUCAAGACUG